AUGGAUUCCAGUGGGGGAACGAACACCAAUGCCUAUCAUGAUCACCGCCCUAGAAACCGGUUCGACCUUUCUUACAACGAGUACUGCUCUCUCCUCCAGACCGUCCGCGAUAUGAAAUCAGAGUUUGUGGUGAAUACCGCCGCAAGUCGUCGCCGAUACUAUCGGCGUCGCAAUGCUUAUAGUUCUAAUUCCCGUGUGGAACCCGGUCUCUGGCAAGGGUGGCCCCCCCGCCGCGCCGUAGAGGAUUCCAGCUCGGAAGAAGACACCAACGUCGAUAGCGUGCGCGGUCCUGAAAUGCGGCUGGCUCCUUAUCGUCGCCGCAGACUGCCCCCGACCCCGUCACGGUCCGCCGAGUCCAACGUCGCGGAUCCCGGUGAUGCCAGUGCCAAUCGCGGCCCCAGCAACCGGCGCAGUCGUGCCGACACUGCUGAGAAUAAAUCCCGCCGUGGGCACCGUCUAGCCAUGACCCGCAACCGUAUGGAAAUCAGCACGAGGUCACGAGCAAACGCGAAUGCCAACCUCCCUCCCAAGCGCCCGCUGAUUGAGAGCGUAUUCCAUCCCAUGCGGAAAUGGCAUAGCAUCGCCGGUCGCCAUCCCGCAUGCCCGGUGUGCCGGUUCUUCGCCCAUCACGACGACCUAUUUCCAGACAACGUUCCCGAAGCCGACUUCGCCGCCGUGCUCGACCAGUGGUCCUGUCCACAGUUCCCCUGCCAAGCCCCCCUGCACCGACCCAUCACCAAAGCCUGGAAGAACACCCCAUGGCCCCCCCACGACCCCGACUGGCGGUCCCCCCACAAAGGCCUCGACGGGCCCAUCACGCGGCCCUUCACGAACCUGAUGCGCGGCACCUGGCUCCACGACCGUUGCCGGAAAGACGUCUACACGCUGCUCAUCGACGCCUUCCGCCUCCGGAGCGACGACAUGGUGGAGGCCCAGGGCAGGUUCGACGCCGAGGGCAUCUACGCCGGGCGGCCCAACUCGCUCAACGCCUUCCGGCGCUUCCUCUCCCUGUUCGAGAUGCCGGCUGCGGCGCCCCGUCGCUACCGCCUGCUGCCCGCGUGGUGGGAUGCCCAGGCGCGGGAAGAGUGCGAGGCCCUCGUCCUGGACGAGAAGCAUCCGCAUAACCUGUACUCGGCCUUCACACGGGGGGACGUCCUCUGGGUUUUUGGCGACCUGAGCUUCCCCACGCAGUUGCGCUUGUUCGGGGAUGCCGUGUACGGCACUUCGAUCGUCGGGCGGGCGUGGGAUGUGGACCUCGAGGUUGCGCUGAGGAUGGAAUCUCAAGCGCCCGACCAGAUGCCAUGUCUAUCAACUGUAGUCCCCGAUUCGGAGGAAGUUGAGGAUAAAGGAAGAGGCGUCGUCGGUACUAGGCAGCGGCCUGCGUGGAGAGUCUGGUGA